AUAUUUCAGGAUCGAUCCGCACAUCACUACCAACAACCCUUCCUCUUCCGUCACCCCCCAGCAAGGUGUUUCCUGGCAGCUUACCGUGUCUACUUCAUUCAUUCAUUCAUUCAUUUAUUUAGAAACAUACUUCUGUAUAACACUGAGGCCUGUUGGUGUCAUGAAGGGAAUCAGGGUUUUCGUGGUGUUCUUGGUGCUUUCCGCGUCCUUGCUGUGCACUGUCGAAGCGGCCAGAAGCAGAACCAGCAACCAGAACAGCUUCAGACGAGCAGCUAACGGCAUCUACCAGACUCUCAGCAGCGUCUUUGGAGAGGACAAUAUCAGAGGGUUAUACAAGUUUUUCUCCAAAACAACGGAGCGGUUUGUCCAUGGAGUCGACUCUUUUCUGGACACAGUCUGGAAGAUCUGGUCUGAUCUACUGGACGUGAUGGGUAUCGACUCCUCAAACCUCAGCCACUACUUUAGCAUAACAUCUCUCACAAACUCUCCAGCACGUGCCCUCCUUCUGGUCGCUGUUGUGCUCGUGGCCUACUGGUUCCUGUCCAUGUUCCUGGGUGGUUUCUUCUACCUGCUGCAUGCUGUGUUUGGACGUUUCUUCUGGCUCGCCCGUGUCAUCCUCUUCGCCCUGUCCUGCCUCUACAUCCUGCAAAAAUUUGAGGGUGAUCCAGAGCGUGCAGUACUGCCACUGUGCUUCAUCAUGGUCGUGUACUUCAUGACUGGACCUGUGGGAGCAUACUGGCGCCGGGGAGGCACAGCAAGUUCACUUGAGGAGAAAAUCGACCACUUGGACACUCAGAUCAGGCUCCUCAACAUCAGGCUGACUCGGGUUAUUGACAGCCUGGAACGUACUGCAGAGUAGUAGACUUAGAAGUAAGAACCAGGCCAGGGAGGGUUUAUCGCAAAAGUGGUGGCAGUUGAUGUCCGAAAGUUGUAUUCCUUCAGCAACAUAGAUACCAGGUCUUUACAAAUGGAAGGGGGCAAAUCUAGGUUAGCAUUAAACAGACGUGGCCCAAUGUUAGGUAGUGAGAAUCCUCAAAAUUUUCAGGCGUGACCAGUAAACUCAAAUCUCACUCAAAUCAUAUACAAAUUACUUUAAAUCUCUAAAGAAUCUAUUGGGGUUUUUUAUAGAUUUUUUUUUUUUUGGGGGGGGGGGAUAAUUAGACUUUUCAGCUACUUUUUCAUGAACGAUCUCCAUAAAAUAUUGAAUUUGAAGAGGGGUCACAGAUGAGUUGUAGGGUACAUAUAUAAAACACAGCAUCUUGAUGGGGAUGUUGGAGUUUGUGGGUUAUUUAUUACAUUUCCAUUAAAACCAUUGAAAGUAUGUAGAUAUUAUUUAUUAAAUUAAGUCUUGAAGUAUGAUGAAAAGAUUUGACUUUAGAACCUUCUCGUGUGCCGACACACUUUUUGCUGAACAUACUGUUCUGUGUAUGUGUGCAUGUGUAUGUGCUGAGAUUGUGAAAAUGAAGAAAGAAAAAUUACUAUUAUAAAGUGACCAUCAGACUGAGAGAAACACAGAGUUGACAAUAUCUCAGGGAAUCAACCAACAUGCAGAUUUGAAAAUGAGAUAUUAAGGCUAUUAAAAUAUUAUCUGUCUACUUAACUCACCUGACAGGUUUAUUUUUAGUUGUAUGUGGUCACAUUUCGUGCAGUAUCUUACUAUACUAGUGUUUUGGCAUCUGGUUGAUAUCGGGUUUGUGUAGUUAUUGUAACCAAAUGCACAACUGUAUUAGUUAUUUUUGCAACUGUAUCAGUUCAACUGGGCAAACAUAUUUCUUUCAAGUCAUUGUAUGCAAGCAUAGACUCAACAAAUGAUUUUAAAAAAUAUUAAGCUCUACACUAACCCAUUUAUGUUACUAGUAUUUGUUCCUCUCUGGCUAUAGCUGCACCACAUUAACAACUCAUACUCUGUUAAUAUGCUAUUAGUGACAGUAAUGUUGCAAAAUGGUAAUUAAAUCAAAAUCUUGAAAAGUUUUUUCACAAGGCCAUGUUUAACUAACAGAAAGCAAAGAUAACAGUGUUCUUAGCCUCUUGUCUUUGGAGAGAUACAGUGAUUACCUUUUACAAACAUCAGAUGUAGAUACACAAAUUCAAGUACUUUAUAAUGGCACAACGCCAAAAUGUGAGUAAUGCAGCUUGUGUCCACUUUUCAAACUACAUAGAGUUUUAUUACUGAAUGUUGGUAGCAUUUUAAAAGAUGUGACUGACAGGUGACAUAAUUUGUGUUUUUUCCUACAUCCCUCUUUUGCCUUUGAACUGUAAUCAUGCCUACUCUUUGCCUCUGAUUUCCAUUUUGGUAUACAUUUAUUAAGUUCCACAAAAAUAAAAAAUUGCACUCAUUUGUAUUUUUAUCAGUGGUUGGUUCACUGCAGGGUAACAACCAUUGAUAGGCCAGAACAGCCAACAUUGUCUAGGAUUUUCUUGCAUGCCACAUUGUAUGCCCACCAUAUGUUGUAUGUUUACAAUUUUGAUGUUGCAUCAUGUCAAUUCUAAUUAUCUUGGUAGACAGUCUUCAAAAUUGUGAGAUUUACAUAAAGAUUACUGUAUAUUUUGCAGAACUGUCAUUCACUGUUCCACGUAAUAAGAACACACUAACCCUGUGAAUUCUACCCUCCAAUCAGUGUUAAUGUUUUCUUAAAACCUUCAAAUUAAUUGAAAAGACCACCUAUAAUGCACUGUUUUCUUUUUAACUUUUUUUGUUAAAAUUUUUACAUCUGCCAAUUAUGGACCUUUUUAAUUCUCAAUUUAAGCCUGUUUGUGACUUGCAAAUGUCAGUAGAUCUUUUCAGUAGGGAUACAUUUGUGGUUUGUUUUUUUAUAUGUUUGUGUACAUUAUUGUUCUGGCAUUGACCAAACUGUUCUGCCUGCUUCUGUCUCCUUUGUGAGUCUAUAUGAUGAGUAAUUGGCUGCUUGGUGUGGCAGAGAGAAACUGAGGUCCAGAUUUUAAUAAACACCACAGAAUGACUACAAGUAUUUGGUUUUCCUUUUUUUUUUAAUAUUUUUAUACUAAAUGCUUUUUCAUACAUUUUAAUGUUGAAUGUCCAUUUUAUUUUGUACUCUCAAUGUUUUGUUAGACCAGUGGUGUUAAUUAAAGCACUGUCCUCUGCAUGUAAAAAAUAUAGUUUUGCAAAGGUAGAUUGAAAAAAGCUGACAUUAAAAUUUAACUGACAAGUUUAGCAUUAAGUGCUUUGUUAUUUCAGUCGAACAACAUACAAAUUGAGAUCUAGUAAAUUCAUAUAAACAUCACACUAAAACAGAAAUACCUGGUGUCUAGAAAUGUCUAUAUGGCUUGCAGUGUUCCCUAUGUAUUAAAAACAAACAUGAGCAGAAUUGAUCUAAGAGUAUACAGGUACUGAACAAUUCUUUGAAACAACACUGUUCGCAAGAGUGAGCAUUGUCUUUUUCAACAUGAAUGAUAUCAUUUGAAGCAGAUGAAAAUAUUACUGUUGGAAUGACAAUUUUGUGUGGUGUCCUGGCAGUAACAGUUUUGACACAGGUAUAAAAUGAGUUGCCUUUUUCCUGCAGUCAAUUGGGGCUUACAUUAACUUUAGCUUUUGCUAGCUCACAUUUAUAAAUUAACACAUAAAUAUAAAUUAUAAUAUUUUUUUUAAAACCUCUUAAUUUGGUAUUAGCAUUAUUGGUAUACCAUUUGAGCUCUUAUGUUGCAUUUUAUCAAAAAUGUUGCGUAGUCUAAAUUAACACAUUGGAUGACAUCAAAUCAGUUAUACAGCAGUAAAUUUGAAAGUAAUAUUGUGUAAAUACAAUCAUCUAAAGUAAAACUACAAAAAAAGUGAAAUUACCUAUGUUGAA